AUGACACAUCCCUACAACAGCAGCGGCAGCCCCGUCGGACUUUCUGCUCUCUCCGGCCCCGCCCAACAGAAGAUUUCCGAUCAUCGUGCAAGUACGGAUGGUCUUCUUCAUGCUGACGCUUUGCGGUUUCUCUGGUACCUGGCGGAUCACCAUGGAGCUACGCUGACAGCGGAGUGGGAUGGAUGCGCUCAGGAGGCGGUGUAUGGGGACCCUGGCUUUCAUCGCAAGUUUGCGUGCUCGCCCGGUGUUUCGGCACUGUAUCGCUCUCGCAUGGGUCUUGCCGUCCUCCUCGCAGGGGCCUUGCGCUACUGCUCUUUGUCCUGA